AUGGCGACGUGGGGGGGGAGCCGCGGGGGCCGCCGGGAGCGCGGGCUCUUCCGUGAAGGCUGCGGGGGGCCCGGGAAUAACGGCCCGAGAGCUGAAGACUCUGAAAUAUCAGGAGAAAAAAAAGAGUCACCCUUAAAAGAUAAUCUGUCACCAUGGGAAGAAAAAAAAGAGUCACCUUUGAAAGACAACCUGUCACCAUGGGAAGAAUGGUUCAUUGGCAAAGAGAAGGAACUACGUGCUCGCUCACAAGCUAAAGCUCAAGAGGAAAUGAAUAUACAGCUUGAGAAGAUGAAACAAAAGCAAGAAUGUGAAAGGAGGAAAAGGAUAGCUGAAGAGAAGCACAAGGAGUGGGUCCAAAAAAAAAGAGAAGAGGAGAGACGGGAAAGGGAAGAGAAGCUGAACAAAGAAAUGGUAGAAAAAGCCACCAGGGAACUAGAAAAAAUGCAGUUGCAAGAAAAGGCUGAAGUGAAGUAUAAAGAAUGGCUAAAGAAGAAGAGAGCUGAAGAGGCAGAAAAGAAGAAAAAAGAGAAGGAAAAAGAAAAAGAAAGGGAAGCUGAACAGCAGCAGAAGAAAGAGAAAUCAGAGAAGAUCUUUAAGCAAUGGCUACAUAAUGCCAGAAAUAAACCACGCCCUGUUUUAAAUGGAUAUGGCUUCCCACGUUGGAAGUCUGCAGGGUAUGCUGGUGGAAAUUUGUAUCCAGUUCCAGCAUAUUAUAACCCCAUUCCUUGGAAGCCUGUGCAUGCACCUCCUCCAAAGGAAGAUAAUGUUCUUACCGUGAAGAAGAGUAAGAGACCUGUGUCUUACCGGCCACGUGCGUCUACACGUACAGUAAUUUAUAAGCCCAAGAACAACCUUGGUAUUGGAUCCUUGUGCAGAAAGCAGUUAUAG